AUGGUAACUGUUGGAUAUGGAGACAUUUCCCCUUAAACUCACGUGGAAAAGGUCAUGAGUAUUUUUACGAUUUUAUCAGCUUGUGGUGUGUUUGCUUAUUCCAUUAGCGAAGUUGGAUCAAUUUUUUAGGAGAUGCAAAAAAGCUAAAAAUUAAUUAAAAACAACAUGCACUAUUUGGAGUACUAUUGGAAUGAGAGUGAGUUUUCUUCAAUAAAAUAAGAAUAAAGAAUUAUCAAUUAACUUUCAGAUAAUUUGAAAGAAAACCUAUUAAUUGAAGCUAACAAAGUUUUUAUUUUAGAAUCUCCGAUUUUGAAAAAAAAUUUUUCAAUGUAAACUUUGUUGAAAACCAUUUCAAUAGCUUAAGAGUAAAAAUACACACCUGAAGAAGUUAUAUUUUUAAAAGGUGAUAUGGAAUGUUCUAUAUAUUUUAUAGAAAGAGGUUCAGUUGAAGUAUAACUUGAAGGAUUUAACAAUACUUAGUAAAGAUAAAAUAAAAAUGUCUAAUCAAUUCUUAAACAAGGUCAAUUUUUUGGUGAGGGUUCAUUUUUCACAGGAAAUCCUAGAAGAUAAACUUUUAGAAGUUUAGAAUUUACUACACUACUAAAAAUAGAAAGAGAAGAAUUCAUAAAAAUUGUUGAAGAAAUAAAAGAAGAUUACGAGAUGUUUUGCUACAUUAAAGAUUAAAUAAUUUUAAAUGGGUCAACAUAAUUUUCUAGGAAAUGUUGUUUGUGUUAAUCAGAAGACUAGCCUGCUCAUAGUGAAUAUAAUUGCCCUUUUUUACAUUUUAUUCCAAACAUAAAGAAAUUGCAAAAUAGAUUCAUUUAUUAGGCUAUAAACACUCAUAGAGUAAAAGUAUCUAGGAAAUGCUAUAAGUUCAAGCAAAAUUUAGUUUAUCUUAGAGAAAUUUAAGAUGAUUAAAUAAAAUUUACUGAUUAAAAUAAUAGUUUUAUAAAUGAAAUAUAUUAGCUUUAAGAUUAAACCAAUUAAUUGUAAAAAGCUUAAACAAAUUUAACAUUUACCAGUGAAGAUUUAGAUAGUGAAGAAGAUGAUGAUGAUAUUCUAUCAAUUAAAAACCAUUCAAAAAACUAGUCUGAAAAAUACAUAAAAUCAAAUGGUUUUUUCAAUUCUUUAGGAAUAAAAUAAAACAUAGCAAAAAAAAAUAAUAUUUAAGUAUAUCCUGUCAGAAAGAUGAGUGAUUAGAAUUAGUAAAGAUAAUCAUUUUUUAUAGAAAAAGACUCUAUUGAUCACAAGAAUAUGAUUAACAUUAAAAGAGCCUCAUUUUAAAUUCCUAGUUUUUCUACAAAAAAAAAUUCAAUACUAAGAAUUGACUAGUCUUAAAAUAAAAUUUUAGAAUUAAAAGACAAAGGAUCAUAAGAUUCAACUUAAUAGCAAUAGAUUGAUUUUAAUUUGUAAUCACAAACAAAAAAAUAAGAUAUUUUAGAUCAAAAUCAAUAAAACUAAAUUUAAGGAAAUACUAUUAUAGAUAAUAAUGAAAAAAAUGAAGUUUAAAGAAAAACAUCGAGACCCUUUAAAAAGGAUACUAUUUUGAUAAAUAGAAAUUCUAUAGUAGAAAUGAUGGAUAACUAAGCAUCAGACGAUUUUAAUAUUAAUCCACAAAAACAUUUCAAAAAAUAUUCUUCAAAUCAAUCUAUUUAAUAUUAAAAUAAUUAUUCCUCUAUAAACCAGAGUAAUCAUUAUUAAACUUUUUAUGAUAUAGAAAAUUUUGAUAAGAUGCAGAAUUUUGAAAUUUAUUUUCCUUUUAAUAACUACGAUUAUAUCCUACCGUAUAUACAGAAAAAAGUUAAACUCCUUGCAUAAAAUAAAAGAAAUAAAAUAUUUUUAGAUAAUAAAUUUCAAAAUAAUUUUGAAAUUUCAGCUUUCAGCAAAAGCUAACGCAGUUUAAGAAAAUCAAUUUCAGCCUCCAAAUUAAAUUCAAUAUAAAAUAGCCUUGAAAAGUAAAAUAAUAAUAAUAAUUCUUACAAAAUUGUUCUAAAUCGAUAAGAAAGUCAAGAUAAUUCAAAAUUACUGGAGUAUGAAAAAUCAUAUAAUUAAAAUUUACUGUCUCCUCCUCUUUUAAAAUAACUUAAAGGUAAAACUUCAUUUGAAGAAAAUGAUAAUAAUGAUGAAAAAUCAUCUUAAAUUCUAGGAGUUACUCGUUUAAAUAUUUAGUCAUUAUAAACAUAGUCAAUUAAUAGUAGAAAGAGCUUUUUUAAUAGAAAAAGUGUUUCUCAAACUAUAAAAGUUAAGAAUAGUUUAUCUUAAUAGCUGUAAAAUAUUUCUUAAUAAAAUAUAUAAUAAAGUCAAUAAGAUAAUUAAUAUUGA